AUGGAUCAAGAAUGGGAAUCGGGCCGAAGAAACGGGAGGGGCAAAAUUGAGAUCAAGAGGAUUGAGAACACCACGAAUCGCCAAGUGACGUUCUGCAAACGAAGGAAUGGGCUGCUCAAGAAGGCGUACGAGCUGUCGGUAUUGUGCGAUGCCGAGGUUGCCCUCGUCGUCUUCUCCAGCCGAGGCAGGCUCUAUGAAUAUGCAAACAACAGUGUUAGGGCAACUAUUGACAGGUACAAGAAAGCAAGUGCCGAUUCAUCGAAUUCUGUAUCCACUUCUGAAGCUAAUACCCAGUUCUACCAGCAAGAAGCCAACAAGCUGCGCAGGCAAAUACGAGAGAUACAGGCUUCCAACAGACAAAUACUGGGGGAGGGUGUCAGUAGUAUGUCCCUCAAGGAUCUCAGGGGCACAGAAUCCAAAAUUGAGAAAGCCAUCGCCAGAAUCCGUACCAAGAAAAACGAGUUGUUGUAUGCCGAGAUAGAGCUCAUGCAGAAGAGGGAGCUAGAGCUGCACAACGCCAACAUGUUCCUCCGAGCAAAGAUAGCCGAGAGCGAAAGAGCAAAAGAGCUGCAAAUGAACUUGAUGCCAUCAGGAUCAGAGUACCAACAGCAGCCCACCAUAACAUCUUCACAGUCUUACGACGUUCGUAAUUUCCUUCCAAUGAAUAAUCUGAUGGAAACCAGUCAUCACUACUCUCCUGAUGACGAAACUGCCCUUCAGCUCGUCUAA